AUGGAAACAGACAAUGAUACACAAAUUUUAGAAUUUCUUCUUCUGGGUUUUUCAAAGCAACCAGAAUCACAGCCCAUAAUAUUUGGGCUUUUCUGCUCCAUGUACCUGAUCACUGUGUUUGGAAACCUGCUCAUCAUACUGGCUGUCAUCUCUGAUUACCACCUCCACAUACCUAUGUACUUCUUCCUCUCCAAACUGUCCUUUGUAGACAUCUGUUUCACUUCCACCACCAUCCCAAAGAUGCUGUGGAACAUCCAGACCCAGAGCAAAGCUAUAACCUAUGAAGGCUGCAUCACACAGAUUUAUUUUCUCAUCCUCUUUGCGGUAUUGGACAUCUUUCUUCUAACCGUGAUGGCCUAUGACCGCUUUGUGGCCAUCUGCCACCCUCUACACUACACAGUCAUCAUGAACCCUCGGCUCUGUGGACUGCUGGUUCUGGUGCCCUGGGUCAUGAGUGUCCUGAAUUCCCUGUUACAAACCUUAAUGAUGAUGCAACUGUCCUUCUGCACAAAUUUUGAAAUCCCCCACUUUUUCUGUGAACUCAAUCAGAUGAUCCAACUUGCCUGUUCUGACACAUUUCUUAAUACCAUAGUGAUGUAUUUUGCAGCUUCCCUGCUAUGUGGUGGUCCCUUCUUUGGUAUUCUUUGUUCAUACUCUAAAAUAGUUUCCUCCAUAUGUAGAAUCUCAUCAGCUCAGGGCAAGUAUAAAGCCUUUUCCACCUGUGCAUCUCACCUCUCAGUUGUCUCCUUGUUUUAUUGUACAAUGCUAGGAGUAUACCUUAGCUCUGCUGCUGCUCACAGCUCACACUCAAGUGCAACAGCCUCAGUGAUGUACACUGUCAUCACACCCAUGCUGAACCCUUUCAUCUACAGUCUAAGGAAUAAAGACAUGAAGAGAGCUCUGAAAGCACUGUUUGUGACGGGACCCAUGUAA